ACCUAAAAGAGGAGGAGGACCUAAACAAAAUCAACAAAAUAUACCACAGAUGAAACAAAUACCAAUAAAACAAAGACCUGUAAUAAGAGAAGAUCAAAUAAGAGAUGAUCAGAUAGUUGGUGAUCAAGCAAAACAAAUUAUAAUUCAACCAAAAAUACCAAUACCUC